UUUCGCGAGACACGGAGUGCAAUGUUUUCAUUUCCACCCCUGACAGUUCUGGGUAAAAUGAGAAGGUAGUGUCAGUUGAUCGCUUUUGUUUAUUGACAUGCCUGGAUGAAAAUACAGUUACAUGUAGAUAUGCCCUACAGAUAGCGUAAUGUCUUGUAAAAUCGAAAUGGUGUCCGCCUUGCAUGUGUUGCAUUAAUCUGUCGUGCAAUUUGCUCGGCUCUUCAGUUUUACAUUUCCUAGUGCUAUGCAGCUGAAUAGGUGCUAACAAAACCAAAUGAAGGAUGGCUUCGGCAGCACUUUGCAUGAUCCGCUGCAGGAGGUUAAGUACAGCUGGUCCGAACGUGAAGAAGGCAUUACUGUGGAAGGACAUUAGGAAAAUUGCGAAGGCGAUACUGCAAGAGAAGCACAAAUCGUAUAUCUACCUGAGCGCUCCGCCCUUGAAGGACCAGGAAGGGCUCGCGACAGGUCUCACAUAUAAGGCCAGAAAGGAGCUUCAUAAAGCUGCGAGACGAUUCCUUGAACUGUCAUCAAAAAUUCUUCUCCGACCCCUGGAUGAGCACCUGAGCCGGCUGGACGCGGAUCCGCACGAGUGCGCCCUCUGGGUGCUGUUGAAGAAAGCGCGGUCUAGCGACCGGGCUGUCAGGCUGCAGGCGGUCCAGGAGCUGGCAGGACAUCGCCAUUGGCAAGACUACCAGUACAGAACUGCAGCCCAGGCCAUCGAUCAGCAGACCAGCAUCGGCUUGGCCAGGACCCCUAAUGUGGACCCGCGCUUCUUCUUACCAUCACCCAUGCUCCCCGGCAUAGAAGAUGGUGUCUCGCUGGAGGAUGGCCUGAGGCGGCUGCUUGCCUCCCUACCACAGUCGGAGGUGGACCAGUGUGUCCAGUAUUUCACCUCGCUGGCACUGAGGGAGAGCAACCAGUCACUCGCGGCACAAAGAGGUGGCCUGUGGUGUUUUGGGGGCAACGGGCUGCCCUACGCCCAGAGCCUGACCACUGUGCCCUCUGAGAAGGUGGAGUUCUUCUGCCUGCAGGCCCUGGUACAGCACUCCAAGGUCCUGAGCCACUGUGAGCACAUCGUGGCCAAUGGUGGCCUGCAGCUCCUGCAGCGGGUCUUCCAACUCCGCAGCGACUCGCAGAAGAUCAAGAGGAACGUGGUGCACAUCAUCGGGAACCUGGCGUUGAAUGACAGCCUACACACAGCCAUCGUGCAGUCUGGCUGGUUGUCCGUGCUGGCGGAGAUGCUGAAGUCACCACAUGUCAUGCAGGCCUCACACGCGGCCCGUGCCCUAGCCAACCUGGACCGGGACACCAUGCCCGAGAAAUAUGAGGACGGCAUCUAUGUCCUGCACCCACAGUGCCGCACAAGCCAGCCGAUGAAGGCAGACGUGCUUUUCAUUCAUGGCCUCCUGGGAGCCGCCUUCAAGACGUGGCGGCAGAAGGAUCGCGACCUCAAAGUGGAGGACAUGUCUGCGGGAGACAGAGAGCUCUAUGCUGAGUGCUGGCCCAAGUCAUGGCUAGCUGUGGACUGCCCCAGUCUGAGGGUCCUCUCCGUGGAGUACGACACCCAUCUGAGUGACUGGAAUGCCAAGUGUCCUGCUGAGAACCAGAGGAAGUCCUUGGCGUACAGAAGCCAUGAGCUCCUGAACAAGCUGAAGAUGGCAGGCGUGGGGGACAAGCCGGUGAUCUGGGUGGCCCACAGCAUGGGAGGUCUUCUGGUUAAGAAGAUGCUCCUGGAUGCCUCCAAGGACCCUGACAUGGCCCCGCUUAUAAAGAACACCAAGGGUAUCAUGUUCUACAGCGUACCCCAUCGGGGGACCUUGAUAGCCGAGUACUCCGUCAACAUCAAGUACCUGCUCUUCCCCUCGAUCGAAGUCAAAGAGCUCUGCCGAGAUUCCCCGGCACUGCAGGAGCUGAAUGACGGCUUCCUUGGCUUGGCCAGGGAGCAUGACUUCAAGGUGCUGAGCUUCGCAGAGACUUUACCUACCUCCUUGGGACCUAUGAUCAAGCUGGUUGUAGUGCCGGUGCAGUCAGCAGAUCUGGGAAUCGGUGACCUCAUCAAGAUGGACGUGGAUCACCUCAGCAUUUGCAAACCUGAGAAGAAGGAUUCCUUCCUGUACAGGCGCAGCGUGCAGUUCAUCGAGGACACGCUGGGGAGCAAAGUCAUCCACUAGCUUCCCUGUCGCUGCCCGUGUACACUCUGAUGGGGGGGGGAUCUUUCAGUCUUGACCACAGCAAUAUUUAGAAUGAUAAAAUGUGUAUGAAAAAAAUCAAAAUGGGGAAAAAAAACAAUAGUUUCAAUGUAUUUUGCUAGGUUAUUAACACAUGAGCAGCUUUAUUCUUGAACAUCUGAGGAUGACUUUUAAUGUUUACAAAGAGGUGGAUUUUCAUGUGUAAAUAAGAUGAUCUAGCAUUCUUUUUGUGUUUGUUUUUUUUUGUCAUGAGGAGAGUACUUCAUGACAGCAUGGUGCUCAAAUUCACUUCAAAGAUCACAUUUAGCAGUGAUACGCUGGACUGCCACAUGCUGGGUGUAAGCAGUGUGGCGUCUUGCAUGGCCACAGGUGUGAAUGUGUGUGCCAAGCAAGGCCAUCUGUAGCUAACUAGCUGCUGAGUCUUUUGCAUUGAUUCGCCUACCAUUUGUUUUAUCCACAGAGCCAUCGUUGUACCGUCUUACCAUCUCAAAUGUACUUUGUAUGUUUAGAUUUAAACUAAUUUGUAUAAUUCAUUAUUUUAAUGUAUAAUAAGCACUAACUUUUCAGUUUUGUAUUUGUGUAAAAUUACUUUGACCUGUCUUGACCUGUUUGAUUUAACUAAUAAGAAAUUGCACAAUAAA